AUGGAAGGUUGGAUUACAAUUUCUCCUGAAGAGUUUGACAAAAAAUUGGAGAGAAUGAAAACAGGUCUACCAGAAUGUGAGUUCUCUGUUCAUUCGGAACCAGUAACUAUAGAUGUUUCCAGGCCAUAUCAAUCUCUCUGUCAGUCCUUCACCUAUGACUAUGAUGGAGUUCCAACCAGAAUGAUUUUUCAUGGAGAAAAUGUUCCGGUAAAUAAGCUUGUGAAUGGCAGAGAAAGAAUCUGGGAAGGUGAAGAUGGAGAGAAGUGUAUACGGUCCAUUGUUAGUAUGAAGGAUGGUAAGCCAGUUCUAGUAUAUCUAGAGAGAGAUACUCCCUCCGGGAUACAGUUUUCCACACUUUUAAGAGAUAACGGUAAAUGGGAAGUCACUUCUAAGUAUAAUGGUGAACUCAAGAAGCUCAGAAGAACUACAGAGUCUGUAGAAAACUUUACAAUUAAGCUAGACGAGGAAAAUGAUACCAAAGAAUGUAUAAUAUUUAAUAGAACCUUUCUAAAUCUUCCAGCCCGUUUCUAUGUUCCAAAGAUGGGCAACUAUUCCACUGAGGUCAAGGAUGGAGGAGUUAGUGUAUGGCAUGGUGAUGACAAGGAAAGGUGUGUAUCUGGAGUUGUAUAUUUCAAGAGUGGAAGACCACAACUUUCCCACAUGACUAUUAAUGAUUCCGAUGAUAGAUACUUACAAAAGUACUUUGAAAAGUGUGGCAAGGAAUGGAAGGAUCUUACGGAGGAGGACUUUUAUAAGAAGAUAGAGGAAAUUAGUGGAAGGUCAGCUAGAUCUAAAAAUACUCUUCCAGAAGAAACAACGCAGUCGACACAACCCUCUGAUUACAUUCUUGACAUUUCUAAAGAACCAAAUAAGGAUCUAGUAGCAAUACAUAAAGGUAUCACACCUGAAGAAAUAAAGUGUCGUGUAUACCAAACGAGGGACAAGAAAGACAAGAGGGUUACCUCUGUUGUAGAUGGAGAUAUUCCCAUAUGGACUUCCAGAGCUAGUGAGGAAUUCCGAUACUGCUUUGUUGAAGAAAAGGAAAACUACUCACCCAUAAUAGCCAUAUACAUAGGAAACAAGUGUAGCAGAUGCUAUGUUAAGGAUAGUGACAAGUGGGUUGAAAUAGGUGAGCUCAGCCACAAUAAAAGGCAUCAAGACAUGGAGAACAACUCCACAGGGGAUUCAAAUUCUCAGUCAGUUAAAAAGGAUGGUACUACACUGGACAUUUCUAAGCCAGAGAAUUCUGGAGUGGAGAUAAAAGAAGUAAAGAUGAGUGGAAUAACUCAAAAGACUUUUACCCCAAAUGGCUCUGCAAAUAUAACCAGCGUUUUGAAUAAGGGAGUAGAGCUUUGGAGCAUACCAUAUGAUGGAGACGGACUAAGAACUGCAACUUUGUACUCUUCUGGAGACUACAAGCUUUUAUUUCUGCAAUCUAAAGUUGUUGGUGUAACAGACUCUUAUUACUUUGAAGGUUUGUCAACAUUGACUCCACUCACUGGAGAAGAAUUUGAUAGAAAACUGGGUGACAUGAAAAGAACCACGGAACAUCUCAUUGAGAAACUUGACGCACCUCUGUUCGAUAUUGAAGAUGCUACUGAAGGUGAUCUUGUAACAUUGAAAGUGAAGAUUAAGCCAGGUAAAGAGGCGCAUAAGCUAGAAUAUGGAAAUGAUAAAAUAUGGGAGAAUGAGGACCCUUCUCUCUCUUCUGCAACUCUAUACUUUGAUGGUGAUGUUCCGUCACUUGCUGUUAUUGAGACUACAAAGGGUAUCGUCCACCGUUACAAGGAUUAUACUGAUAAGCAGUGGAAGGAUGGUAAUGAGAGCAGUCACAAUACAAGAUUUGAGGAGCUAAGGGAAAAGUAUAAUCCGGAACAAUCUGAUAGGGAAUCUACCAAUCCCGCUUCAAACUCUAACACCACUCAUAAACCCACUGUAUCAUGCCAAAACAUUUUAAUUGUACACUAG